AUGAAUCAAAGCCACACAGCUGUGACAACAUUCCUCCUCAUGGGAUUCAUGGACCACCCAGAGCUUCAGGUCCCCCUCUUCAUUCUCUUCCUGGGAAUCUACCUGAUUGUACUGGUGGGGAACACUGGCAUAAUCGUCUUAACUAGGAUUGAUGCUCGGCUUCACACGCCAAUGUACUUCUUCCUCAGAAACCUCUCCAUUGUAGACAUGGGCUACUCUACUGCCAUUGCCCCCAUGCUGUUGAAAACCUUGGUGGCCAAGAAUACAACCAUUUCAUUCCUGGGAUGCACGGUGCAAUUCUUCCUUUUUGCUGUCUUUAUAACCACUGAAGGUUGCCUUCUGGCUGUGAUGGCCUAUGAUCGCUACACAGCCAUCUGCAGAUCAUUGCUAUAUUUCGCUACCAUGUCAAAGAAGUUUUGCUCCACAUUAGUAGCAGCUGCAUAUGCCUGUGGCUUUACAAGUUCGGCUCUCCAGACCUUUUUUAUAUUUAGUCUGAACUUCUGCAGUUCAAAUGUCAUUAAUCAUUUUUUCUGUGACGCCCCUCCAAUGCUUAAGUUGUCCUGCUCAGACACCCAUGUUACCCAUGCUGUGCAUUUCGUUUUAUCCGCUACAAUUGCACUGACAACUUUUCUGAUUGUCUUGGCUUCCUACGUUGCCAUUGCUGUAGCCAUCCUGCAGAUCCACUCUGCACAGGGCCGAUUCAAAGCCUUCUCCACCUGUGCCUCCCACCUGACCACCGUCACCAUCUUCUUCGGCACCAUCAUCUUCAUGUACAUUCGGCCUGGCUCCAGGUUCUCUAUGGACCAGGACAAAAUAGUUUCUGUGUUCUACACUCUAGUGAUCUCCCUGCUCAAUCCACUCAUCUACAGCCUUAGAAAUAAAGACAUGAAGGAUGCUAUGCGCCGUAUGGAGCAGAAGUCUUGGUAA